AUGAAGCAGCAGCAGCAGCAGCACUCAGCCAACAAGCAAAAACAGAAUUUAUGGGCAACUAUGGUGUUGCGCAAAUGGCUUAACAUUAGAAGCAAGAAAUCUGAUUCUGUUGCUGACUCCGAUGAUAAUGAGGACGACCCUGAAACUGACUCAGACAAUGAAGAAUGGAGAAGUGGCUCGCGGUAUCGGGACAGCAGAGAAGAUGAAACUCCAUCUGAGUCAUGUGAGUUUCUCCCUGGCUUAAGAAGGCAAAAGUCGUUGACGGUAAGGUCUCAGUAUAUAAACAGGAAGGAAUUAAGGGUAUGUGUUGGGACAUGGAAUGUUGGAGGAAAACUUCCACCUAAUGACCUUGAUAUUGAUGAUUGGCUAGACGUUGACCAUCCAGCUGAUAUAUAUGUCCUUGGUCUUCAAGAGAUUGUACCUUUAAAUACAAGUAACAUUUUCGGUGCUGUAGAUACUCGUCAUGUACCGAAAUGGGAAAACAUUAUUAAAGAAACAUUGAAUAGAGUUCAACCAAAACCAUCAAAGGUAAAAUCCUUCAGUGACCCUCCAUCACCGUCGAAGUUUAAACCAUCCGAUGAUGCUCCAGAUAUUGAAGAAGAAGAAAUGCUACUAGAAAGUGAUGGUGAUAUUGGUGAGGAAAUCCAUCCUUUGGAUGAAGGAUAUGAAGUAUUCAAUGGAGUCACCGAUAAACCAAUCGCACAUGAGUCGUUGAAUGCUAGUUUGAAGGAUUCAAAUGCUGCUGAUAUUGCUAACUCGCGAGUAAUAGUUGAUAAUGAUUUAGAGAGUCAGUUAUCUUAUCAAAGGAGGUUGGAUAGGCUAAACUGUUUACGUGACGAGGAUUUAUCAGCAAUCGUUGAAACACCGUCUUCUCCACAGAUUAGUAAAUUAUCUAGAAUGGUUAGUGGGACUGAAAGGAUUGGAUUGAGUUGGCCCGAGCCACCAUUACAUUUGCUAUCUCAUAGUGUAUUGAAGAGAGCAACUUCUUUAAAACCAGUUAAAUCGCUUAACGCGACAAAGUCAUUUAGAGCCACUGAUUCUUUUAAAUCGAAAACAGAUGCCAUGGAUUUAUUGGCUGAAAUUGAUCUUGAAGCUUUGAUGAAGAGGAAAACCAGAUCGUCGUAUGUGAAGAUAGUAAGCAAGCAGAUGGUUGGGAUUUACAUCACCAUUUGGGUUCGAAGGAGUGUGCGGAAACAUAUUCAGAAUUUGAAGGUUUCCACUGUUGGUGUUGGUGUUAUGGGCUAUAUUGGCAACAAGGGAUCAGUAUCAGUGAGCAUGUCUAUAUAUCAGACACUUUUCUGCUUUGUAUGCACCCACCUUACAUCAGGGCAAAAGGAAGCAGAUGAAAUCAAAAGAAAUGCCGAUGUUCGUGAAAUACAUCAUAGGACACAUUUUUAUUCACUUUCUGAUAUCGGACUUCCCAAAAGUAUCUUCGAUCACGAAAGAAUAAUUUGGUUUGGCGAUCUGAAUUACCGAAUCAACUUGUCAUAUGAAAAAACAAGAGAUCUUAUCUCGAAAAAGCAGUGGUCGAAAUUGGCCGAGAAAGACCAGCUUGCGAAAGAACUAGAAAAAGGUGUAUUUGAUGGAUGGUCAGAAGGAACGUUAAACUUCCCUCCAACCUAUAAGUACGAGGUUAACUCAGACAAGUACAUCGGGGAGGAGCCGAAAGUUGGGAGGCGUACACCAGCAUGGUGCGAUCGUAUUCUGUCAUAUGGAAAUGGAAUGAGAUUACUGAGUUACAAAAGGAAAGAACUUAAACUUUCAGACCAUAGACCUGUGACUGCCACAUAUAUUGCUGAGGUUGAGGUUUUCAAUCCCAGGAAGCUACAGAAAGCACUUACGUUCACGGAUGCGGAGAUCGGAAACGAAGAACUCAUGACAAGUUUUGGCACUUGGAAUUUAUAG